ACGGGCUAAAGAGCCCCAGAUUGGUUGGCUUCGUACCAAGGGUACUCGCAAUGUUACCUCCACUUUUCAGCAAGGAAUUGCUACCAACGCGUCUAAAAACCUGGCUGAUAAUGCUUCCGUUGUUACCGAUAUUUCCUUAGAUGUUGGUGCAGUCGUUUCUGUCAUCAAGCUCUUCUUCGGCGAUAGACGGCUAAGCAUAUCUGCCUUUAAGGGAGGGGUAUCUGGAGAACAUGGUCAAGAUAAGGAAUCACGGGACACCAGACUUAUGAUGAGUCCUUUGGGCAUGAGUCCUCUGCCGGCGGUUGCUGCCAAUUGCCGAAUGGGCUCGCAUGGCUUCUUAGCGAUCUGCGCUAAUCUUGCAUCUGACAGCACUUGUCUCACCCAAAACUGGACCCUUUGUGUCUGUGCCAUUAUCGCAAUUAAUCUAUAA